ACGUCCCGAGGCUCUGUCUCCGCCCCCUGAUUGUGUUCGGUCACUACCGGAAGUUCCGAUCCGUCGCGAACUGGGAAAGCAAGCGCACCUCUCACAGUGUAUGUGUGGCAAUAACAUGUCUGUGCCGCUGCUCGCCGAGGCUGUGACGGUAUCCGGGAUGGAGAAGGAGACCGCGGCGGUGAUCUUCCUUCAUGGGUUAGGAGACUCAGGGCAUGGGUGGGCCGACACUUUGACCUCAAUCCAGCUGCCCCACGUCAAAUUCAUCUGCCCCCACGCACCCCCGAUCCCCGUCACUCUUAACAUGAAGUCCAUGAUGCCUGCCUGGUUUGACCUCAUGGGUCUCAGCCCCGAUUGCCAGGAGGACGAGGCUGGCAUCAAGAAGGCAGCCGAAAACAUCAAGGCUAUAAUUGAACACGAGGUCAAAAACGGCAUCCCCCCACACCGCAUAAUGCUCGGUGGCUUCUCUCAGGGCGGGGCCUUGUCCUUGUACACUGCCUUGACCUGCCAACAUCAGUUGGCUGGCGUUGUGGCCCUCAGUUGCUGGCUACCGCUUCACAAGAGUUUCCCAUCGGGCUCCAGCGGCCAAAAGAACAUCCCGAUCCUGCAGUGCCACGGUGAGAUGGACGUCAUGAUCCCGGUGCACUUCGGCGCCAUGACUGCAGAUAAACUCAAAGGCAUAGUUAACCCUCAGAUGAUCACCUUUAAAACCUACCCAGGGCUCUCUCACAGCUCUUCUCCUCAGGAGAUGGCGGCUGUAAAGGAUUUUAUCGAGAAAUAUUUGCCCCGAAUCUAACCACACCUCGUCUCCACUGUGACGUCCUCCCGAGACACUGACCUCUCCCACUUGUUCUACCAUUUCCCACAGGAAACAGCCAUGAGCGCCCUUCCCUUUCUUCCCACACACAUCGGAAAGAUAGCAAACACACACAUGAAAACACGCACACAUUUGAUAAUCCAAAACAUUCUACCGGCAGAUAACGCUUGCUCCAAGAGAAGAAACGCACUGGGUUCAUUUUAAGAUGAUUAGAUGCUCGCACUCACAAGUCUUAGCUUUUCAGAGAGACAGUGACUCACACGAUGCAUUCCCCUGUGGUUUUAUUUAAUUUAUUUAGCCUCUUUCACGUCCACCUGAUCUCAGCUUUACUCAACUGUUGUUUCAUUUAGCCUCUAACGCUUCCACCGACCACGCCUUUUCCUGUUUCCUCCCUGCAUCAGUCUGAAAAGCUUGACACCUACCUGAUUCUGUCACACUAAGGUGCAGGCAAACAAGAUUUUCUUUCCCAAUUUAUAGUCUUGCUUUAUAGCUUUGCAGUGGAAUAAAAUCCUGCCAUAGCCAUUUCCGGUCCCCUGCAGAUUUGUUUUCUGACAGGUUUAAAUUCAGCCUGACCGUGGCUUUAAUCCAGGUGCUGACUCCGGUGCUGGUUUUAGAGCUGGUUUCCUAGCAACCCAUCCAUCCCAGGGCAUUCCACCCAGGCACAGGUAAACCUCAGUUCUGUCAGAGUCCUGCAUUGGUUAUCUACCUACGAACGACAGGUUUUUUUUUAUUCAAGUAACAACAUCCACAAGGGCCUUCCAUGUCUCCAAGUGUGAAAGAAUAUCUUAAAGUAGAUGAAGAAAAUCCAAAUGAAAUAAAACAAAACUAACAAAUCCA